GCAGCGCGGCUGGACGCGUCGCGCCGCCAUGGGGAGCCAGUGCUGCAAGGCGGACAAGCACGCCGGCGCCGGCGCCGCCUCCUCGCAGGCGUCCAUCGGGACGCGCGGGGACGAGGAGGUGCCGAGCGGCGGGCGGUUCCGCGUGUCGGAGAACAACAACACGGUGCUGCUGUCGGUGGAGGGCGUGUCGGCGGCGGACGCGGGCCGCUACUCGCUGCUGGCCAAGAACGCGGCGGGCGAGGCGCGCGCGGCGCUGGAGCUGCGUGUGGGCCGCGACGCGCCCUGCUUCCUGCGCCGCCUCUCCGACCUGGCCGUCAAGGUCGGCACGCGCACGCGCUUCCUCGUCGAGCUCAAGGCGCCGCACGAGGUCAAGGUGACGUGGCUGCACGAGGACCGGCCGCUGCCGCAGGACGACCGCUUCCAGCUGGUGCGCGAGGGCGGCUUCUUCUGCGUGGACGUGGCGCCCGUCACCGUGCAGGACUCGGGCCGCUGGACGUGCCUCGCGGAGAACGCCGUCGGCCGCUCCUGCUGCUCCUGCACGCUCAACGUGCUCGUUCCCAAGGCGUACAAGCCGCCGGAGUUCGUGGAGCCUCUGCGGGCGCUGCUGUCGGCGGCGGGCACUGUGUCCCUCGAGUGCAAGGUGGUGGGCGUGCCGACGCCGGCGCUGCGCUGGCUCAAGGACGGCCAGGAGAUCCGCGCCGGGGACGUGCUGGCGCUCACCGCAGACCCCGCGUCGCUCGGCACCUACACCUGCGAGGCCAGCAACUGCAUGGGCCGCGCCACCUCCUCCUCGCGCGUCAUCGUCGAAGGCGCCGCCGCCGACAGCUUUCGCGCAGCUGGGCCGCCUCCUGUGUUCGUCAAAGAACUGCAGCCCGCCAAGUGUCGCAUUGGGGAUCCUCUGACGCUUUCCUGCCAAGUGGCGGUGCCGCCGUGGCCGCGCGCCGUCUCGUGGUACAACGGCGCGGGCCGCGUGGAGCCGGGCGAGCGCUACCUGGUGCGCGAGGACGGCCUCGGCGGCUUCUCUGUGCACGUGGUGGCCGUCGAGGCGGCCGACGACGGCGACUGGAAGUGCGUCGCCACCAGCGACCUGGGCGCCGCCGCCUUCUCCAGGGCCGCCGUCGCCGUCCACUACCCGAAGAACUACCGGAAGCCGCGGUUCCUGGAGAGCCUGAAGGCGGUGCUGACAGAGGAGGGCCUGGUGUCGUUCGAGUGCAAGGUGGUGGGCUUCCCCACGCCGCAGCUGCGCUGGUUCAAGGACGGCCAGGAGCUGCGGCCGGGCGACGUCUACCAGCUCACCGGCACCAACUCGCUAGGCUCCUACUCCUGCAUCGCGCGCAACUGCAUGGGCGAGGCGACGAGCACGGCCGAGCUGACGGUGGAGGACAUCCAGAGCCAGCUGAGCGACGAGGAGCGGCUGGCGCUGCUGUCGCUCAACCAGGCGCCGCGCUUCAUCCGAGGCCUCAAGAGCUGCGAGGCGCGCAUCGACGAGCCCUUCCGCUUCACCGUCCAAGUCACUGUAUCCCCGGAGCCAGUGGUCACGUGGUACCGCGACGACGAACUGGUGGCUGAUUCCGACCGAUACGAGAUCAUUACGGAGACGUUGGGCACCGUCAACCUCGAUAUCAAGCGACUCGAGAUCGUCGACCAGGCUGAGUGGAAGUGCGUCGCAUCGAACGACUUCGGGCACAGCGUAACAUCCUGUUUCCUGAAGCUGGUAAUUCCGAAACACUACAAGAAGCCGCGCUUCCUCGAAUGUCUGAGGGCCAUAUUAUCCGAAGAGGGCUCCGUCAAUCUGGAAUGCAAGGUGAUCGGCGUGCCGCAGCCGGUGCUGAAGUGGUACAAGGACGGCGCCGAGCUGAAGCCGGGGGACAUCCACCGCAUCAUCUCGGGCCAGGACGGCACCUGCUGCCUGGGCACCUACACCUGCGAGGCGCACAACUGCAUGGGCACCGUCGCCUCCUCCGCCUCGCUGCUCGGCUUCGAGGAGCGUGUGAUGAAGGCGGAGGCGCCGGCUAUGGCUGUGGCGGCGGGGGCGGGGGCGGGGGCGGCGCACCCGCUGGCGCGCAACACGUCGCUGUCGACCAUCCAGGAGGAGCGCACGUCGCAGCUGUGCGACGUGCUCAGCGAGCGGCCGGACCUCAGCUUCUCGUUCGACGGCCGCGAGGUGUCCGUCUCGCUGUACGAGACGCCAGACCUCACCGAGGAGCAGGCGCUCGCCGUCGUCGAGAUGUACGCCGAGCAGCUGUCCGAGCACGUCUCCGAGCACAACGUGGUGGACCUGCCGCCGAUGCGGUUCACGAAGGAGUCGUCGCAGUCGGGCAACCUGUUGAUGGAGGCGGUGGUGAUCGACGUGUCGGGGGAGUACUUCACGACGGCCGACGAGGACCUGCGCACGGACGCCGACCUCGAGGAGCUGUCCAUCACCGACGACAACGGCCAGCAGCCGCAGCUUCCCAGGGACGACGACACGGCCGCCGAGGCGUCUCCGCCCGUCAGACCUCCCAGAGCGAACAAGCAGCCGUCGAGCGCCGACAAUACGUUCCACAGCCUGUCGGACGACACGCGCUACGACUCACCCGCCAGCGGCGGCGUCUCGCCCCCGGCGGCAGCCGCGGGGAAGCCGGCGGUGGACGCGGCGUCGGCGCCGGCCACGCCCACCGAGGAGCGCGCCACGCAAGCGGGCGUGGUGCGGCCCAAGCGGCGCUCCGUCGAGAGCGGCCAGGGCGAGUCCUUCGAGAACCUGUCGUCCGCCAGCGAGGCGUCCGUGGCGCGGCCCGGACAGAUCCUGCGCAAGGGGACUCUGCGCAAGCGCAGCCGCUCCAUCGACACCGCCGCCUCCGCCGAGGACGUGUCUGGCGGAGAGACGCCGCUGCCGCGCCGGCGGCAGCUGUCGCUGGACAUGGAGGCGCCCAAGGACGACUCGUACUCGGAGGAGGGCGACGGGCUGAAGACGCGGCUGCUGCGCGACGCGGCCGGCCGCCGCUCCGCCAAGACGCCGUCCGUGGAGUCGGUGCGCGAGGAGGAGCCGCUGAUCCCCACGACCAUCGUGACCGAGGUCGAGAGCCGCCAGCAGCAGCAGCAGCAGCAGCAGCAGCAGCAGCAGCGCGCCCUCGACAUCGACCUGCCCACGCUGCAGGCGCCGCCCCCGCCGCCCACGCCCGUCACGCCGGCAGAGGGCGCGCCGCCCCCGGCCGCCGUCUCCGACCCGGUCGUCAUGGAGCAGCUCACCAGGUCGCUGCAGGAGAUCCAGCGCGGACUGGCCGCGGUGGAGGAGCAGGUGCGGUCCGAGUCGGCGUCGGAGCCGCAGCUGGCGCGCACCAGCCUGUCUGUGCUGGAGACGCUGUCGCAGCCGGUGGAGCAGCUGCGGCGCGGCCUGGAGCAGUCAGAGCAGCUGGCAGUGGAGCAGCUGGCGCAGCCGGUGCAGGAGCUGCGCCGCGGCCUGCAGCUGGUGGAGCAGCAGCGCGCCGUCAUGGCCGAGGAGGACGACCACUCGCUGCUGGAGCGCACCAGCGCCUCCAUCCUGGAGACGGUCGCGCAGCCCGUCAGGCAGCUCAGCCAGCUGCUCCAGCAACAGUCGGGAGAGCCGGCGCAGGGCGCAGCUGUGUCGGAUCGCCGCCUCUCGCAGGUGUCGGAGCAGCUGCAGCUGCAGCAACAACAACAACAACAGGCGGAGCCGUCGGCCGUGCUGCACGGCAUCGCCCGGCCUGUGCUGGAACUGCAGCGCGGCCUCACCUUCCUGCAGCAGCAGGCCGUGCUGGAGGCUAGUGGUGACACUCGACUGUUCGAGAACGCUGGCCGGUCCAUCCUGUCGACUCUGGAGAGACCGUUCCAGGACCUGCAGCGAGGCAUCGCGGCGCUGGAGGAGCAGGUGGGCGGCGAGGGCCCGUCGAGCGGCGUGCUGGGCGCGUCCAUCCUGGAGGCGGUGCUGUCGCCGCUGCGCGAGCUGCAGAGCGGCAUCGCGCAGGUGCAGCGCCAGGCCGCCACCGAGGCCGAGGAGGACGGCUUCGAGCCCGACGUCAAGCGCUACGCCGUGCUGAAGACGCUGUCGGGGCCCGUGGCCGAGCUGCAGCGCGCCGUCGUCGAGAUCGGCGAGCGCUUCAGCGUGGAGGCGGCGGUGGCCGGGGGCGGCCUGACGCGCCGCGCCGUCUCCGUGUCCAAGCUGGCCGUGCUGCGCGGCAAGACCGUCUCGGAGACCGAGGGCCUGGCGGUGCUGGGCAACCUGGCACCGCCGCUCGUCAAGCUGCAGAAGGAGGUGAUCCGGGCGCAGAACGAGCUGCGGGCGCGGCCGGCGGAGGGCGCGGGUGGGGGCGGCAGCGGGGGCGGAGCGGAGGGCGCCGCCGAGCAGGCGGCCGCGUGGGGCGCCGUCGCCGUCAGGGCGCUGGCCAAGCCGCUGGCCGACUUCCGGAGGGGCCUGCUGGCGGUCGAGCGGCAGCUGGCGGCCGAGUCCGAGGAGGAGCCCAUCCGCGAGGGCCAGAUAGCCGCGGCGCUGCGGGCGCUGGCCGACCCCGUCGCCGACCUCAUGAGGGGCAUCGACGGGCUGCAGAAGGCCGAGGUGGGCCAGCCCAACGAGGAACUGAUCCAGCCGUUCCAGGAGCUGCAGAGGGGGCUCACUCAGGUACAGCAGGUAGUGUUCGAAACGUCCCCCGAACUCAUACCGGCCUCUGGUGUCGUCAAGAAACUGACCCUGUCGUUACAAGAGGUGACUAAAAAACUAUGUGACGUAGAUGCUGCAGUUGUAGGAUCACUCACGCCUGAAACAGAACCGGCGUCCAAAUUAACGGGCCUGGCUCAGCCGAUGAAGCAAUUAAAGAAGGGUCUGGUUCAGAUAGCGCAAGCAACUAGCUUCUCUGGAGAAGACAUCCCUGCCAUUGCUACUCUCGUUCAACCGCUGGUUCAACUGCAGAAGGGCCUCGAGAAGAUGGAGAGGCAGUUGACUGCUGCUGCUCAGUCUGUCGACCCCACACCCGAGAAGAAACUCACCGCUAUAAUAGAGCCAAUUAAGGAAAUGCAGAAAGGAAUCAGAGCUAUUAAACGACAAGCUAUCCUCGAACCCCAGUCUACAAAUCUGGAAUGUCUCGAAAGCCUCGUCCAGCCCUUCGAAAAUCUGAAGAGGCAACUGGAGGAAAUAGAAAGGAAGAGACCUGAGUCGCCUGGUAUAAGGUUGCUGGACGAGGUAGUAAGCGCAGCAGAGGCGCUGUACGUCGGAAUAGAGUCUAUAGAGAAACACGCUGCUCUCCUAGAUGCAGGAGACAAGAGCAAGCUGGAGGUCCUGAGUACCCUCCAGGAGCCACUGACAGAGUUGCGUACGCAGUUGUCUGAAGUGGAACGCUGUAGUCUGGAAGGCUCUGGCAAAGACACUGUCACAGAAAUUAUAACAAUUUCAGCUUUGAAGAAGCUUGCGGAACCACUGAAAGAAAUGACGAAAGCGAUAGAAAACAUUGAUCAGCGGCUUCAUUAUGGAGCAGAAGCAGUUACUGAGAAAAUGGACUUACCAGACAUUAAAAACUUGGCGAGUCCAAUCAGAGAACUGCAACGAAGCCUUUCUGCUGUCCAGCAGCAGGCCAUCUUAGAAUCCGGCGUAGCGCAGGAUCUGACAGGACCGUCCAUCCUAGAGAGUCUGUUUCAGCCACUACAAAAACUUCAGAAGAGCUUAGUGACUGUCCAAGCUCGAACACAAGAGAGUACCCAGCUGAAAAAGUCGAGCUCUGCAGUUAUUCUGGAACUAGCACAAUCUGUAGAAUCGCUGAAGAACGAAAUAGAUACUCUGCAGAAGGUGAAAGUGACAGAAGUGAAGCCCGAAGUCCAGAUCGGAACUCUGACAGUCCUAGAAGCACUGAAGAAACCUCUGGAGGAAAUGCACAAAUCUGUAGCGACCAUCGAGGAACAGAUUGUAAAAGAAGCGGAGGCUAGGGGAAUACAGUCAGAAGUGGCAGAUCUCUCCGUACUGGAAGGAUUUAUCGAACCGAUAAGGGCUCUGGAAGCAGAGUUGAAAUCUGUAGAUAAGGCAACAUUAGAAGAAGAGUCCGCUGCCAUCUCAGUGCUCGAGAAGUUGUCAGCUCCCGUGCAGGAGUUACGGCGGACUUUCGAGGCAGCGGAGCAACUGGCGACUCAGGAGGCGGAGCCAGUGUACGGCAAGGCAUGCAUUUCUGCCCUGCAGAUACUCUCAGAGCCCAUUCGCAGCUUCGAACAGUGUCUUGCCGCCGUGGAAGAGCACCGGGAAGCGGCGGCGAGGACCACGCAGGUCAAGGAGCGCGUCAAGGUCAUCUCCGACGUAGCCAAGCAAGUGCGGCGGGUACACCGCGGCGCGGAGGCGCUCGAAAAGUGUGCGUCGGCGGAACCCAAAACGAAACUGAGGCGCAAGUCGGGUCUGGCUGCGCUGGGCACGCUCUGCGCACCACUCGAAGAAAUUCUCACCGAACUUCAGGCUGCCGAGGCUAAGAUAACCUCGCCUAAGGAGACGGUGUCUGAAGAGGCCGCCGUCCAGUCGCUGGAGAGCUUGUCUCAGCCACUUGAGGCCUUCGAGAGCGCCGUCCAAACCGUGCAGCGGCUCAUCUCCGAUCCAAACUGUGCAGAAGCUGAGCGGAGCGCAGCGCUAACCGCUCUCGCGAGUGCCGUCAGUGAACUGCGUCAAGGCGUAGCCAAAGUUUACCAGCAGGCCGUGCUCGAAUCGGGGGUCGGCCCCGGAACGGAGAAGUGCUCCGUCCUCGCGCCUCUGACGGCACCUCUGCACCGUCUUCAGAAGGCGCUCGCAGCGGUAGAAGAGCGAAAGAUGCUGCGAGCCGUCAAGAUCGAGCCGAGCGUCCAUAAAGCCAGCAUCCUAGUCCUGGAAAGCAUUUCCCACGCCGCUGAAGACCUCGCUCGAGCAGCCGACGUCCGAGAGGAAGCUAAAGCCACUGCACUUGCAGUACUGGCUGAACCACUGCUGAAGCUCAAAUCCAGUGCCGAGCAGGCAGAACAGCGGCUCGUAGAGUCCAGUCUAAAGGAGCUGCCACAUCGGGCGACAGUCGACAUACUACAAGGUGUAGCGCAGCCGCUGGAAACGCUGGCUUUGGCCAUAGAGCAGGAGCAGCCUCUGGAAGAAGUGGCGGCAUCUCUGGAAAAAGUACAGCACGGAAUAGCGACACUACAGCGUCAGUCCUCUGAAGAGGGCACAGCACCGGAGAAACGUAUUCUGGCAGAAAUGGCAGGACCGUUGAGAGAGCUUCAGCAGAAAUUAGUAGUCCUGUCUGAGGAAGUAGCCAAGAAGGUUACAGUCAAAGAAGUACCGGUACCAGAGACACUGAAGGCCGUACGUUCGCGUGUAGACGAAAUAAAGAAGGACAUCGCUCUUAUAGAGAGAACGGGCGAAGAAAUGACGGAAGCAGCUGCCAAGGAAACCUUAAAUCAGGUGAAAGAGAACCUCGCACAGAUACACGAGCAAGUCCUGCAAGAAGCAGAGGAGGAGAAGCUCGGUUCGGCACCUGCUGGCGCGUCAGUACUGGAAGCGUUGGCGACACCAGUGGAGGAACUGCAGAAAGGUGUUGCUAUAAUCGAGGAGCAGAAGAUGCUGGAGACAGAUAUCGAAGCCAAAGUAGCUGCCAUUCUCCAAACUCUUGCCGGGCCAGCGCAAGAGUUACAGCGAAGUUUGGAGCGAAUAGAGCACCAGGUUCAGGCCCGAAGUGCCACCACUGAAGCGCUUCCGUCGUCCCAGCAGGCCGCGGUGUCUGAAGCAGAUCGAGAAGGAGCGAGUGCCGUCCUCGCCACAGCUGAGUCGAUGAUUACGGGAGCCUGGGAAGAAGCCCAAACGACGUUUCCACUAGAGCCCUCGGCAGUCGCCUUCGAGUCCCGCGAGCAACAGUUAGAGAAGGCGUCCGUUACAGCGGUGCAGGCGCUGACCGAACCCCUCCAGCAGAUCCGCCAGGCUCUGGCGCAGGUGGAGGAACGGGCCACAGAGCGGGCGGAGGAAGUGAGCGGCGAGUCGCGCGCGGUGCUGGCCGCGCUGUCGCGGCAGGUGUCUGAGCUGGAGAAGGGCGUGGCCGCCGUGGAGCAGCAGGUGGCGCUGGAGACGACGGCGCACGACGAGCAGGCGCAGGCGCGGCUGGUGAGCGCGCUGGCGCGGCCCGCCGCCGAGCUCCAGCGCAGCCUGGAGCAGCUGGAGGCGCUGGAGCAGCUGGAGGCGCUGCCGCUGGAGGCCCGCCCGGCCGCCCUCUCCGGCGUCGCCGCCGCCAUCGCGCGGCCCGUCCAGGAGGUCCAGAAGAGCGUCGCCGCCCUCGAGCAGAGCGUCGUCCUGCUGGAGAGCGUCGGAGAGCCGGAGGCCGUCAGGAAGAGGAGCCUCGAGUCGCUGAAGGCUGUCGUCACGCCGGUGGACGAGCUGCAGCGCAGCCUCACCCAGAUACAAGAGGAGGGCGCGAAUCUACAGGGCACGUCGGCGCUCAUGCUUACCGAACUUCAUCUCCUGGAAGCAGCACCUCCGGUCUCCGGCACGGUCACUCUAGAACUGACUGCUGCCCUUUUGUCCACUAUCCACCCGCGGAAGGCGGUUGGCGCCUACCGGCGCGCAUCUGAACUGGCCAAUCAGAGGGCCGGAAUCUCACAGGGAGGCGACCUCGCGACUUUAAAAUCGAGCAGAAAUAGCGGUUACAAGAGUGAGAGAUUCAGUCAUUGUCCUGAUAUGACACCUAGACUAACUCAGCUGUCGGUGUGUGCCUGGUGCCAGAUGCAGGUGAAGCACGCACAGCAGGUGGAGUCCGCCGGCGCCGGCCUGGAGAUAGUGGAGUCGAUGGCGGAGCCCCUGGCGCAGCUGCAGCGCAACCUGGCGGCCCUGGAGCAGCGGGUGGUCGCGCAUGUGGUCGACCACGAGGAGCAGCGGUCACUGCUGCAGGAGGUGGCGCAGCCGCUGCACGACCUGCAGGCUGCGCUCGUCAGGAUAGAGCAGAAGGCCGGUACCACAGCAGGGGUAUGGGAGGGCACGGUGGCCGCUGCAAGUGUGGUGCAGCGCGGCAUCACGCUGGUCGAGCAGCAGGUGAUCCUGGAGGCGAUGGGCGAGCCGCUGUCGCCCUCCGCCUGCGUCUCCGUGCUCGCCAAACUCGCCGAGCCGCUCACCGAGCUCCACAGGGGCGUCGCGCUCGUCCAGCAGCAGGUUGUGCUCGGAGAGCGAGCAGAGGCCCUAUCUCAGAAACAGGCAGCGGUGGCAGUGCUGGCCCGGCCCCUGGAGGAGGUGAGCCGCGGCCUAGCGCAGGCCGAACUCCAGCACCUGCUGGAGGCUCCAGAGGCGACGCUGUCCAGCGCCAGCGACGUGGUCUCGCUGCUCCAGACGUUCGCAGAGCCGCUGCGCGAGCUGGAGAGGAACGUGGCUCAAGUCCAGCAGCAGGUGGCGCUGGAGGCUAAGGGAGACUCGCUGGCAGACAGGACCUCAGCAUCCGUGCUGGAGACGCUGGCCCAGCCCUUGCGAGAGGUGCAGCGCGGCAUAGCGACGGUGGAGCAGCAGGCGGCGCUGGAGGCCGCCGGACGAGUGUCCGCGGCCGAGAGCCUUUCACUGCUGAAGGAGGUGGCGCAGCCUCUGAGGGAGCUGCAGCUCGCUGUGGCGACGGUGCAGCAGCAGGUCCUGAUGGAGGCCAAGGACGUUUCAAUCUCAGACGCGACCGACAUGUCUGACCUAAAGACUGAGGUGGUGUCGACAGAAGAGCCUCUCAGGCAGGUAGCUUCCAAGCAGCAGGCAGACGUUCUGGAGGCGAGGGACGCAUCACUGUCCGAAAAGGAGGGUGUGUCAGCGCUGAAGACGUUAGCAACUCCAGCUGAAGAAAAGAGACUAGCAUUGGCAACAACAGAACAGCAGCUAGUCAUGGAAGGAAAAGAGGUUUCUCUCUCUGGAAAGGAAGACAUUUCUGCUCUCAAGGCCCAAGCGACACUCCUCAAAGAAACACACGCGGCUGCAGUGGCUGUCGAACAACAGACUACAUUAGAAGCGAAAGGCACCUCACUUUCAGGAACUGCUGACAUCGCCAAGCUAAAGGAGACGGCUAAAUCUGCCGAAGAACCUCUGAAAGCCGUCGCCACAGUACAGGAACACGUUAUCUUGGAAGCGAAAGACGAAUCUAUCUCUGAUGGCACAAACGUCUCGCAGAUGGAAACCUUGGCUUCUGUCUCCGAUGAACCCAGCCGCCAUGUCGCUGGAGUGCUGCAGCAAACUGCUUUAGAAGCGAGGGACGCAUCUAUUGCUGAGCAGCUCGGUGCAUCAGAACUGAAAACAGCGGCUGUUUCCACAGAAGAGCAGCGAAAAGGUAUAGCCACCACUCGAGAGGAAAUAAUCUUAGAAGGGAGAGAGCAGUCACUGUCUGAUCAGGAGAGUGUUUCACAACUGCGAACAGAGGCGUUGGAAUUGUCAGAAGCUCAAAAGGGAAUUGCGGUAGCUGAACAGCAAGUGGCACUCGAAGCCAGAGAGCAGUCUCUUUCUGACAAAGAGAGUGUGUCUCGUUUGAAAGAAGUGGCUGCGCCCGGUGUAGAGUUACGGGAAGGCGCCGUCUCGUCUGAGCAGCCAGUGGCUCUAGAGACAGCAGGACACAUUACGUCAGAAGCAGAGAGUCUCUCACAGCUGAAAACAGUGGCAAAGUCUGCUCACGAAGUGCAUCACGGAAUCGCAACUGCAGACGAACCGACUGUGCUCGAGGCUGCCGGCCAAAGUAUUUCUGAGGAAAGUGGCAUAUCUAAGGUAAAAACGGCCGCAAGUCCUACAACAGAAGCUCAGAAAAUGUUAGCUACAGCACAGCAAGAGACGGUUCUCGAGGCGAGGGACGAGUCGUUCUCCGAAGCUGGAGGUCUAUCUGAGCUGAAAAAGCAAGCUGCAUCUGCCCAGGAAUCGCUGAAACAGGCUGCUGUAGCUACUCAACACGAUGUAAUGGAAACCUUUAAAGAGUCGGCAGUGGGGGAAAGAGCGGAGGCUGAACCGGAGACCUUCGCAGUGGCCUCUCAAGAGCCGACGAGAGCCACCGCUGUAGCAGAACAGCAGCAAGUCCUGGAACAGAGAGAAGCAUCACUGUCGGAAGGGCCGAGCGUGAGCCAGCUGCAGACGACUGCCGAGUCGCUAAAGGAAGAGCUCAAGGCGGUGGCCGUUGCAGAGCAGCAGGUCGCUCUCGAAGGUAGGGACACGUCGCUGGCAGACGAGGCCAGCCUGUCGAAGCUCGAGACCCUGGCGAUGCCGGCGUCGGAGCUGGCGAAAGAGACGGCAGUUGCGGAACAGCAGGUGGUGCUAGAGGGUGGCGAAGUGGCCAUGGCCGAGGAGGCGAGCGCGUCCCAGCUGCAGACGCUGGCUCGUCCGGCGGAGGAGCUGCACCGCGCGCUCGCCGCCGUCGUGCUACAGACGGCGCUGGAGGAGGCCGGCGAGGCUGUCCCCGCUGCUCCGCUGCUGGAGGCUCUGGCGCAGCCGCUGCGGGAGCUCAGGCAGGGGCUGGCCGUCGUCGAGCAGCAGCUGCCGCUGGAGCAGGUGGUCCACCAGCCGGAACCGACACCAGCUGACGCCUUAUUUGCGGUUGCGCGCCCGGUGCACGAUCUGCUGGAGGCGGUGGCGGCGGCGGAGCAGGUGGUGCUGGAAGGCGCGGGCGGCGGCGGCGGUGCUACGGAGGCGGCGGCGGCGCUGCACGCGCUGGCCGCGCCGGUGCAGCAGCUGCAGCGCGCGCUGGCGGCGGCGGAGGCCGUGGCGCAGGGUGGCCCGCCCCUGGAGGCGGCGCAGCAUCUGCCGCCGCAGCAGCUGGAGGCGCCGCAGCUGGCGCGCGUGCUGACGCAGCUGCAGCGCGACCUGGCCGUCGUCUGCCGCCACGACCACGACCUGCUCGAGGCCGCCGCCUCCGACGACGACGACGCCACGCUGCGGACCGCCGACCUGCCCACGCUCGCCUCUUCCGGGGAAGCCUCCGGCGCCAUCGCCGUGGCCGACAGGCUGUCUGUGGUGACGCUGGAAGGCGAUUUGGACACGCUGUCGGACCGCACGGAUUCGGCGACGGCGGCCGUGUCGGGGGCGGAGCCGCGCCUCGCCGUGGUCGCCGUACAGCGGGUGGCCGUCGUGGAGGCGGAGGACGUGCCGGCGCAGGAGGCGGCGGACGCGCCCGCGACGGCGCUCCCGGAGGCGGCAGUGGCGGCCGUAGCGGCGGUGGGGGCGGCGCGACGCGAGGCGGCCGUCGCGCUGCAGCAGAGGCCGCUGUCCGCCGCGGCGUCGCUGGCCGACGUCAGCGGCGCGGGGGCGGCGGGGGCGGAGCUGGAGGCGCGCGCGCAGGAGCUGACGGAGCAGCGGCCGCGGGCCACGGUCACCGAGCACCGCGUCGCCCUCGCAGAGCCGCGGGAGGGCGCCGAAAGGCAGCAGACUGAACCGGGGAGAGCUGGGGGCGAAGAGCAGGUGGACAUUACGCAGAAGGCGGAGGACGAACGAGGCCUAGCAGCCACUGAGUCCUCAACACAGGAAGACACUAGAAAAGAACAGCUUACUGAGGAAGAAAGACGUAAAGAGCUGACUGCAGAAGAAGUUGACAAGGGAUCUAAGAAGGCACUGCUGAAGGAUGAUGCAGCUAAGCAAGAAGAAAAGCCAAAAGUUGUUGCGGAAAAAGCAGGAAAGGAAACAGAAGAAGAUAAAAGUAAAAUUGACGAAACGAAAGACGAAACAGUGCUGAAAUCUAAGAUCAAAACAAAAACUGAAAUAGAGACUAAAACUGAAAUAGAAAAAUUGCAAUCGGAGAAAGAAGGAAAGAAAAUACAAGAACAAGAUCUGAAGGAUAAAGAAAAGAAAGCAAAGGGAGAUAAAACUGAAGUUGAGACAACAAAAGCUGAAGAAAGUAUGGCUGCAGGAAGAACAGAACAAGAAAUUAAGCCUAGAGAACAAGUGACAGAAGCGAGGGAUAGAACCGACGUGGAAGUAGAAGAACUGAAAGGUGACAAAACUAAAGAAAAAGCAAUACAAAAGACUACUACUAAGGGAACAAUUGAUGAUCGCGAAGUGUCCGAGCAAGUAAAAGACACAGAUAGAAGACAGGACAAAGUCGAAUUUCAGUCAGAGACAUUGCCUGUAAAAGAAGUUGAUGACAAGAAUAAACAAAAAGAGGAUUUGGAAACAGCAGAGAAAUCUACCGAAAGAAUGGAUGAAAAUAAAGCAAAAGAAAUUGAUAUAAAGGAGGAAGUGCAACUAAGAGGGAAGGAAGAGACGAAACCAUUGGAUGAUAUUACAGAAAAAAGAAAAAUUUCUGAAACAUCUGAUGAUACUGGAAAGGAAGAGCUCAAGAGGAAGGCUAGUCCAAAGGGUAAGAAACUGUCACCGAAGAAGAAAACAGAAGAAUUAAAAACUGAAGUCGACGGAGAAAUGAAAACAGCGGAGGAGCCAGCUCCUGCAAAUAAAGAAGCUUUAGAGGAUAAAGCGAAAGAAGAACGGAUAAAACCAUUAGACGACGUCGAGGAAAUAAGAAAAGAGGAAGAACAAAAGAAAAGCGCAUCAAAGUCUGAGAAAUCUGAUGCUAAAACAGAAGACCUUGAGAAGAAGGAAGCCCCAAAGCUUAAGAAACUGUCGCCUAAGAAGAAACAACAAGAAGAAAGUAAAACUAAAGUUGAAACACCGAAGAAAACCGUUGAGGAAUCAGAUGAUAAAGAUAAACGAGGAUUCGAGCAAAAAUUGAAAGAUGAAAGUGGAAAGCCGUUAGCUGAUAUUGAAGAAAAUAAGAAAGAGGAAGAUACUAAAGACAGUGAGCCAACAUCUGAAAGAAAUGAGGAGGCUAAAGCAGAGGAACUCAGAAAGGACACUCCAAGGCUGAAGAAACUCUCACCUAAGAAGAAAAAAGAAGAAGAGAAGAGCGUGCCUAAAGAUGAGGAAAAACAGAAAACUGCAGAAGAUUCUGAUCUUAAGAAUAAAGCAAAGUUAGACCAGACAUCAGAGGUAACAAAAUCUCUUGACGAUAUUGCAGAAAAGCAAAAAGAAGAAGACAAGAAGAAAAGUGAUCUGAAACCUGAAAAGGCUCAGGAAGACGCAACAGAAGAAAUCAAGAGGAAGGAAAGUCCAAGACUUAAGAAGUUGUUACCAAAAAAGAAAAAAGAAGGAGAGAAAAGUAUCUCUAAAGAUGAGGAAGAACGGAAAACUACAGAAGAAGCUGACGUGAUAAACAGAGGGGAGGUUGAUGAGAAAUCGAAGGAAAUAAUUAAAUCUCUUGAUGAUAGCGCAGAAAAGCAGAAAGAAGAAGAGAAGAAGAAAAGCGAUGUGAAAUUAGAAAAGGACCAGGAAGCUUCAACAGAAGAACUCAAGAGGAAGGAAAGUCCAAGACUUAAGAAGCUAUCACCAAAAAAGAAAAAAGAAGAAGAGAAAAGUAAAGCAAAGGAAGAAGAAACUCUCAAGGAAAGUAAAAUAGACAAGAAACUAGAAGACCAGAAAGAGAUACAGGAUACAAAAAGUGAAACGGUUAAGAGAGCAGAAGAUGAAUUAGACCAGAAAUCAAAAGAAGUAACAAAAUCUGUUGGUGAUAGCGCAGAAAAGAAGAAAGAGGAAGACAAGAAGAAAAGUGAUGUGAAAUCAGAAAAGGACCAGGAAGCUACAGCAGAAGAACUCAAGAGGAAGGAAAGUCCAAGACUUAAGAAGCUAUCACCAAAAAAGAAAAAAGAAGAAGAGAAAAGUAAAGCAAAGGAAGAAGAAACUCUCAAGGAAAGUAAAAUAGACAAGAAACUAGAAGACCAGAAAGAGAUACAGGAUACAAAAAGUGAAACGGUUAAGAGAGCAGAAGAUGCAGAAGUAAUUGCGAAAAAGAAAGAAGAUACUAAAGAUGGAAAAACACAGAAAGAUGAUAAAGUAGAAGAGAAGAGACAUACAGAAGUUGUAACUACGGAUAUAAGCGUUGAGCAGCAGAAAAAGGAGGAAACCGAACAGGUGCAAUCGAAACAUCGUGAUGAACAAGCAAAGAAGACCGAUGAACAGGAAGGUGAAAAAGUUUAUCGUAAGGGAGUCUCAGAAAGUAAAAAACAAGAGCAAGACUUGAAGAAAGAAGUUCCAGGUGAAGCAACAAUAAAAGAAGUGCAAUCAAGUCAAACAGAGAUACCGAAACAAGCAGCAGAGAAACUGAAGGACGAUGGCAAACAGAAACAAGAUGAAAAAGAAAUUGACGAAGUUGGUAAUCGGAAGGGCACUAAAAAAGACGAAGCAAAAUCAAAGAAGAGAAAAGAGUCCCUGUCAGAAACAGCAGUGAAGAAAGAAAAAGAAAAGACUGAAGAUAAAUUAGAAGACCAUAAGGCAGUAAUUACAAAAGAUGGAGAAGUAAUGGAAGAACAUGCAGAUGUAAAGCUCAAGGAAAAGAAAGAAGUAGAAGAUGAGGCGCAGCAGUUGAAAAAAGAGGAAACUGACAAACUCAGAGGCAAGGAUUCUAAGGUGAAGUCAAAGGAGAAGGAAAAUGACGUAAAGAAGGAGAAAGAAGAAGAGAAGAAAGAGCAAACAACCGAAGCUGACAAACAUGAAGAUUCAAUUAAACUUUCAAAAUCGAAACAGGCCGCAGAGCAAAAACAAGAUGCUAUAGAUGGAACAAUGGAAAAGAAGAGUAUUAAGCAAAAGCAAGACGUCGUCCAAAAAGAGAUGGGAAAGGAAGAAGAGGGCAGUAAACAGAAGCCUGCAGAAAGGAAACAAGAAGAAAAGAAAAGUAGCGAGAAAAGAGAGACUGAAGAGAAGGAAAAGGUCCCACAGGUUAAGAAACGCGGUAGCAAAAAGAAAGAGGUGUCUGAAUCAAAGGAAAUAGCAGACAGUCAGAAAACAGCUAAAUUAGAGGCGAAAAAAGAUAGUGGAGAAUCUGAAGGAAAACCAGGCGAACGUGAACUGGGAGUAGAAGAAGCGAAAAAGAAAAAAGAGGAUGCGAAACGAGAAAGUAAAGUGGACGAAACUUUCGUGUCUAAAAGUACCGGGGAGGAAAGUGGAAAGGUUGAGUGUGAAGAAAGAACGAAGAAACGGGAAAGAGAAACUAGCGAAAAAUUAGUUGAUGAUAAAGCAACUGAUAUGAAGUCUGAGAUCAAAGAACAGGUAGCAAAACUGUCAGAGAGAGAAGUUAAGGAGAUAAAAGAAGUAAGUGGUAAGGAAAAGAAGGGCACAAGUGAAACUGAAAAUGAAGGUAAGGUAAGAAAAAGAUCAGUUAAAGAUAAGGUGGUGAGGAAAGGUGAAGAAGAGCCAGGGAGCGACUCCGGUAUCGCAAAGGGAGAGGACUCAGUGGCAGACAGCAAGUCGUACGCAACGGAAAAAAUGAGCGACAGGGUGUUGGCGAGAAAGGAGGGUGUUGCCGACGAAACCGACGUCUCCUCUAGGAGGAGAGAGGUUGCGGCGGACAGGGCCCGUUCUGAAGAGGUCGAGGAUUCGGACACGCUUAGCGGGCCCGGGGCAACCCUGCUCCCGGAAGACUCUGACAUCUCCCUGGAGGAGCCGUCUUCGCGCUGGCAGCGCCGGCGUCCGUGGAGAACCGAAGACCGGUCCAGGUCCUCCGACAGCAGCGCCACCAUCACCUCCAGCAGCGGUCGCCGCCCCAGGCUCGACAUGCUGAGCAGCUCGGCGAGCAAGCCGCAGUUCGUGACGCGGCUGCGCGAGCGCUCGGCGGCGGCGGGCUCUCGGCUGCGGCUGGUGUGCUGCGCGCUGGGCUCGCCGGCGCCCGCCUUCCGCUGGCUCAAGGACGGCCGCGAGCUGCCGGCGGGCGAGCGCCGCCGCUACCGCACCGCCUGCGACCACUCCGGCCUCGCCACGCUCGAGAUCUUCAGCGCCGCGCCCGAGGACGCGGGUACCUACUCGUGCGAGGCCUCCAACGAGGCCGGCUGGGCCUCCACCAGCGCCGAGCUGCGCGUCACCGACCACCUGCAGCCGACGCCCGCGCCGCCCACCUUCACCAGGGCCAUCCGCGACUCGUACCGCGCCAGCGAGGACGAGCUGGUGCUGGAGUGCCGGGUUCGCGGCUCGCCCGCCCCCGCCGUCAGCUGGCUCAAGGACGGCCGGCCGCUGCCGCUGGCGGGCGCUGGCGCCACCGACGCGGACGUCGACGGCCGCUUCUCCGCCAGCGAGCUGGCCGACGGCGUGUGCCGGCUGGUGGUGCGCGCGCCCUCCGCCCACGCCGACAGCGGCGUCUACACCUGCGUCGCCCGCAACGAGCUCGCCGAGGAGCGCGUCUCCGCCAACGUCGUCUUCCCAGGUCGUGACCAGUGGCCGGAGGGACCUGCAGACUUCCGAAGACCUUAUUUUACUAGUGCUCUCUCCGACCACUACGUCUCCAGCGGCGCCACCAUCGCACUACAGGUCCAGAUCGCUGGCUCGCCGCAGCCGGCGGUGUCGUGGACGCUGGACGGGCACCCCCUGCGGCCGCCGCUGGCGCGCAGCUGGGAGGAGUCGGGCGUGCACACGCUGCUGCUGAGCGGCGCCGCGACGCCCCGCGACGCCGGCGUCUACCGCUGCCGCGCGCACAACGCCUGGGGCGUCGCCGAGUCGGCGGCGCGCGUCUCGGUGGCGGAGGCGGCGCGUGGCGUGCGGCCGGCGCUCUUCAUCACCCGGCCAGACUCCGACGUCAGCGCCGCCGUCGGCGAGGACGUCAGCGUAUCCUUCCGCGUCACCGGCGAGCCCAAGCCGCAAGUGACGUGGUCGCACGGUCUGCGCGACGUCACGCACAGCGCGCGCACCCUCAAGGAGACGAGCGACGACUACGUGCGCCUGACGCUGAAGCGCGCGCGGCCCUGCGACGCCGGCACCUACUGCGUGCUGGCGCGCAACGUCUACGGCUGCGACCGAGCCUUUUUCACGCUCAAGGUGCGACAGAGAGCCCGUUCUUUGACACCAGGAGCAGAGUCACGUUUGCGAGAGACCACCGAAGAGAUCCUCAGGGACAUCAGGGAUUCUGAGGAGAGAGAAAGGCGGAAAGAUGUGCCGGUGGCGAUCUCGGCGGAGCCGGUGGUGUCCGACCAGGGCCGCAACUGGCUGACGCUGUCGUGGCCCAAGUGCGGGGCGCGCGGCGGCGUGCCCGUGCUGGCCUACCGGGUGGAGGCGUGGCAGCUGGGAGGCGACGCCGCCGGCUGGACGGAGCUGGGCGUCUCGCCGAUCAACAGCUACGACGCGUUCAACCUGAAGGCCGGCGCAGAGUACAGGUUCCGCGUGACGCCGCGCAACCGCUACGGCUGGGGCGAGUCGGUGGCCACCAGCGCCCCCGUCACCGUGGGCCGGCCGCGGGAGCUGCCGGAGUUCGUCGCCAUCCUGCCGGGGCAGCUGAAGGCGCUCGCCGGCUCCGACGUCACUCUGGAGUGCCAGGUGCGGGGGGAGCCGGCGCCCGAGGUGCGCUGGUACCGCGACGGCGGCGAGCUGGAGGAGGACCCCCCGCGGCUGACGCUCCAGCUGGAGGGCGGCCGCUGCCGGCUGGUGCUGCGCGCCGCCUCAGACGCGGACGCCGGCCGCUACAUGUGCGACGCCGCCAACAGCGUCGGCCGCGUCUCCACGUUCGCCCGCCUGCAGGUCGUGCACGACCCCAGCCUGCUCGAGGCCGACUCCAAGCUCAAGAGGGAGGCGGCGGAGGCGGGCGAGGGCGUGGAGGCGGCGCCGCAGUUCACGAUGCGGCUGCGCGACCGGCGCGUGCAGGCGACCUACCCGGUGCGGAUGACCUGCCAGGUGGCCGGCUGGCCCGCCCCCACCCUCACCUGGACCAAGGACGGCGCUGACGUCACGCCGGACGACCGUCGCUCCAUGACGAGCGACGAGGCCAGCUUCCACACGCUGGAGCUGUCGCACGCGGCGCUGGAGGACUCUGGCGAGUACUGCGCGACGGCGCGCAACGCGCACGGUGCCGUCUCUUGCCGCGCCACGCUCGUCGUCGACAAGGGCAUCCGCGCCUACGUCGCGCCCGACUUCGUCUUCCAGCUGGAGCCCGCCGCCGCCGCCGUCCCCGAGGGCGGAGAGCUGCGCCUGCGCGCGCAGGUCGAGGCCUACCCCGCCGUCGGCGUCAUGUGGCACCGCGACGGGGUGCGCCUGCGGCCGAGCCGGCGCGCCGUCAUGACGCUGGACCACGACGGCGCCGUGCAGCUGUCGCUGGGCGGCGUGACGCGCCGCGACGCCGGCGUCUACACGUGCACCGCCACCAACGCCGUGGGCCGCGCAGAGACCAGCGCCACCGUCACCGUGCUGCCCGCCGACGCCGAUGCCGGCGCCGACGCCGCCCCCGCCACCGACGACGACGCCACCACCGACUCCGUGCAGCGGACGCCGCAGCUGCUCACGCCGGACGUACCGUACUCCCAGGAGCCGAUGUUCCUGACGAAGCCGCGCUCGACCGAGGCCCGCGAGGGCGACACCGUAGUCAUCCAGUGCGAGGUGGUGGGCGACCCCAAGCCCGACGUCUUCUGGCUGCGAGACUUCCUCAAGCCCGACUACUACCGAGACGCGGCGCACUUCCGCCGCCAGGGUGACGGCCCGUGCUACCAGCUGGAGAUCCCGCACGCCAAGCUAGACUUCACCGGCGCCUACUCCGUCGUCGCCCGCAACUGCCAUGGGGAGGCCAAGGCCGUGAUCUCGCUGCAGAUCUACGCCAAAGGCCAGGGCAAGGAGGACGGCAUGGAGCCGAGCAGCGUCACGUACGGCCGCGUGCAGACGCUGCCGUGCGUGCGGCGCGCGCUCGCCGACCGCCGCUGCUGCGACGGCGACGCCGUCACGCUGGAGUGCCGCGUGUCCGCCACGCCGCUGCCCGACGUCCGCUGGGAGAAGGACGGCCGGCUGAUCCCGCUGGGCGGCGACUUCGUGGCGGAGGUGGAGGGCGAGACGGCGCGGCUGAGCAUCGCGCACGUCUUCCCCGAGGACGAGGGCCAGUACACGUGCGUCGCCUCCAACGCGCUCGGCUCCGCGAGGACCUCCGCCUGUCUGCUCGUCGACGUGCCGGAGGAGAAGGAGACGCUGCUGUCGAGGCAGCUGUCGCGGCCGCCGGCGCUGCUGUCCGCGGGUUCGACUCCCCGCUCCACGCCCAGGACCACGCCCACCAGGAGCCAGUCGCCGACCGUCUCACGCAGCGCGCGCGACGCCACGACGCCGGAGCGGCGGCCGACGACGCCGUCGGGACGGCGGGCGCGCGCCGCGGCGCCGCCGCGCUUCUACGCGGUGCCGCACAACCGCGUGGCCGAGGAGGGCGAGACGGUGCGGCUGCAGUGCGCGUGCGCCGGCCACCCGCAGCCCUGGACCACGUGGCACAAGGACGGCCGCGAGCUGGCCCACACGGCGCGCGUGCGCGUCUCCGAGCGCGACGACCUGCGCCUGCUCGAGAUCCGCGAGGUGACGCGCGAGGACGCCGGCCUCUACCGCGUCACGCUGGAGAACGCGCUCGGCCGCGUCCAGGCCUCCGCCCGCAUCGACGUCAUCGAGCGCCGCGGCCGCAGCAGCACGGGCGUGCGCGCCUGGAGCGCGUCGCCCCGCACGUCGCCCACGCCGGGCCGCCGCCUGGGUCCGGCGCCGCAGCUCAGCGCCUACCGCGCCGCCGCCGCCGCCCCCAGCGCCUACUCCGGCUACUCCUCCUACUACAGGCGCGCCGGCGCCGUCGACGACCAGCCGAUGGACGGCGACGUCGAGGAGGGGGAGACGGGGGCGCGCCAGCAGCAGACGCAGCCGGUGUUCGCAGAGCCGCUGCCGCCGACCUGCACCGCCGUCGAGGGCUCGCCGAUCGAGCUGCGCGUCCGCCUACACACAGAGGGCGAGCAGCUGUCGGUGACGUGGUCCCGCGAGGGCGUGCCGCUGCCCGACUGCCGCGACUUCCGGUACGGCCGCGGUCCGGCGGGCCGCCGCUCGCUGCUGCUGUGGGACGUCUUCCCGGAGGACGCCGGGCUGUUCCGCUGCGAGGCGCGCGGCCAGGGCGGCCGCGUGCUCGCCGUCUCCUGCACCAGGCUGUCCGUCCUCACAGAUUGCGAGGCGGCAACGCCCUCCGCGGGUGACGGUCGCCCCCAGCACCAGCAGCAGCAGCAGCAGCAGCCGGCGGCCGCCUUCCUGAAGAGCCCGGCGCCAGUGAUGGCGCGCCCCGGCGCCAGCGCCAGCUUCGUGGCGCGCGUGUCUGACCCGCGCGCAGCCGGCGACGUCGUCUGGACUGUGGCAGGCCGCGACGCCGCCGCCUGCCCCAGGUGCCACGUGGAGACGACCGGCGACGAGAGCGUGCUGACGGUGCGUGACGUGCAACCGGAGGACGGCGGCGCCGUCGAGUGCUCGCUGGCCGGCGGCGGCGCGGGGGCGGCGGCGGCGCCCGCCUCCCUCACCGUGCUGCAGCCGGAGGAGGGGGAGGAGGAGGAGGAGGGAGGGGAGCCGGCGGCGGUGACGCGCGGCCCGCGCGACGUGGUGGCGCUGCGCGGAGACACGGCCACGCUGAGCGCCGCCUUCCGCGGCAGCCCGCCGCCCACAGUGCGCUGGCUCAGGGCGGGCCGGGAGCUGUCGGCGGGCGGCAGGCUGAGCAUCGAGACGGCGGCCGGCGAGUCUCGGCUGACGCUGUCGCGCAUCACGGCCGACGACAGCGGCAAGUACGUCGUGUGCGUGGCCAACGCGCUCGGAGAGGACUGCCACUACGCCUCGCUCGCCGUGGAAGGGCCCCCUGACCCACCCAAGGGCCGACCCAGUGUGUGUGCGGUGAGCGGUGGCCCGGACUGCCACGGCGCAUGCGCACUCGUCGCGUGGUCGAGCGCGCCCUACGACGGCGGAUGCAUCGUCACCGGCUACAGCGUAGAGAUGCGUCGCGCAGACGAAGACCACUGGACCACCGUCGCAGACAGCUGCCUGUCGCUGUCGCACCACGUGUCGGGCCUGAGCGAGGGCUACGACUACCAGUUCCGCGUCCGCGCCCACAACCGCCACGGCGCCAGCGAGCCGGGCCUCGAGACGCCGCCCUUCGCAGCUGCCCGCGUCGCCACACCAGACGGGGUUAAGCUGGAGGAAGAAGAAGACGUCCCGGAGGAAGAGGACUGGGACUCUGAGGAAGUGUCUGCAGGGGGCGACUUCGCGUCCGGCUACGAGGUGCUGCAGGAGCUGGGCAAGGGCCGGUACGGCGUGGUGCACCUGGUGCGCCACCGGCGCUCGCAGCGCCUCUUCGCCGGGAAGUUCCUGCGCUGUGUGAAGGCGGCCGACCGCGACAAGGCGCGCGCCGAGGUCGACAUCAUGCGCCGCCUCAGGCACCCCAAGCUGCUGCGCCUCGCUGCCGUCUUCGAGGCGCCGCGCGAGGUGGUCGUCGUCACCGAGUAUAUAUCUGGAGGUGAGCUGUUUGAGAGAGUAGUCGCAGAUGACUUCACAUUAACUGAAAGAGACUGUGUGCUCUUUAUGCGUCAAAUAUGCGAGGGAGUCCAGUAUAUGCACCAGAAUUCUGUUGCACAUCUUGAUCUGAAGCCAGAAAACAUCAUGUGCCGUACACGUACAUCUCACCAGAUCAAGCUGAUCGAUUUUGGUCUUGCAAGAAUCUUGACACCAGGGAAACCAGAGAGAGUUCUGUUUGGCACCCCUGAAUUCAUACCACCAGAAAUUAUAAAUUAUGAGCCCAUUGGUUUUGAAUCAGAUAUGUGGUCUGUUGGCGUUAUCUGCUACGUCCUGCUGUCCGGCUUGUCACCAUUCAUGGGUGACAAUGACAUAGAGACAUUUGCCAAUAUAACGAGAGCAGAUUAUGAUUUCGAUGAUGAAGCUUUUGAUGCAAUUUCUCAGGAUGCCAAAGAUUUCAUCAGUGAACUUCUAGUAAAGAGAAAAGAGAAAAGGUUGACUGCUGAACAGUGUCUGCAACAUCGCUGGUUAACACAGAUGACAGAUGCAAUCAGCUGUGUCAGGCUGUGUACUGACAAACUUAAGAAAUUCAUUAUACGGCGCAAGUGGCAGAAAACAGGCAAUGCAAUUCGUGCUCUGGGUCGAAUGGCUACCUUGUCAGCUGCAACGAGACGCAAUUCGACAGCUAGUGGAGGUGGGAGCUCACCUCGACCCAGCCUUUCAGGACCGGAUGAGGUAGCAGUAGUUGCUGCCGCAGGAUCCAACAAUCGGCGGCCUCGAGCCUUCAGUGAGCGCAGUGAUAGUGGUAUAAGUGACUGCUCUGUCAGUGUACCCUAUGCAGCAGGGUCUCGUCUAGCGGUCACUGAGGAACACGAGGAAGAAGAGGAAGGUAACACAGGUAGUGAAACUGACAAUGAGAGUACUUGUGCAGCUAGAAGCAGCAAAACUGCAGGAGAGCACUCAACAGAUAGUUUUGUGACCAAAAAUGUUGAAUGUCUGGAAGUUCUCUCUGAGAAAAUAGACAAUAUUGCAGUGGACGGAACAGAGGAAUCUGAAAAUAAUACCGAAAUUGCACUGUCUCUGACAAAUAGUGUAACACCUGUUAAGAACUUAAAAUUUGCUGUGGGAGAUGAUAACAAGGAUGAUGAUUGUGACAUUAAUGAUUUUAAUUAUUCUUCCACAGCCUCCAUGCCCUCCAGCUGUAACAAGAAGACAGCCAGCCUGAAGCACCAGAAUUCUGCAGAUUCUGGAGUGCACCUUGAGGUGGUAAGCAGCAGCAGCAGGAGGAACUCCUGCAGUGGCACCGUUAAGAGCAAGGUGACAGCAUUCCAGCAGAUGGCCAGUGCCGGGAACCGUUCUCCUGUCACAGGUGAAAUGGCAAAAACUCACUCUGGAUCUGCUAUUACUGCCUCAAGAGAACACAGCACCAACUUCCAGAAAGCAGCCGCUUUCUGGAAGAGGUAG